UAAGGGUAAAGGGUCGGAGUCACAUGGAUUGAAGCAUUUGAUUGAUGUCCAAGUCACCGCUGUGACUGCCGGAGCCGCCUCCCCUAGGGUUGGGGCCGCGUGAGGCCAGAGCGGCGGGCCGGGCCGGGCCGGGAGCCUGCUCUCUCGGGAGUGUCCUGCUCCGAGUCCCGCGCCUCCCGCGCGCGUGUCGCAGCUCGAGCAGCCUCCUCUGCCCACGCCCGGGCCUCGGGCCAACAUGUGAAGCUGCGCGUCCCCCUCGGACUCCGCGGAGGCGGCAACUUUGCGGGCAGCAGAGGCGGCAGCAGGCGCGGGGCAGCGCACUUGCCCCCAGCCCCGCGCCCGGCCGGCCACCAUGAGCGACGAGAGUGCCAAGGACGCGGACAAGCAGCUUCGUCUGCGCGUGUGCGUGCUCAGUGAGCUGCAGAAGACCGAGCGCGACUACGUGGGCACGCUGGAGUUCCUGGUGUCGGCCUUCUUGCACCGAAUGAACCAGUGUGCAGCAGCAAAGGUUGACAAGAAUGUGACAGAGGAAACGGUGAAGAUGCUGUUCUCCAAUAUCGAGGAGAUCCUUGCCGUCCAUAAGGAGUUCCUAAAAGUUGUAGAAGAAUGCUUGCACCCUGAGCCCAAUGCCCAGCAGGAAGUGGGAACCUGCUUUCUUCACUUUAAAGACAAGUUUCGUAUCUACGAUGAGUAUUGCAGCAACCAUGAAAAGGCACAAAAGCUGCUUCUUGAACUGAACAAAAUAAGAACAAUCCGGACGUUUCUUUUAAACUGCAUGCUGCUGGGAGGACGGAAGAACACAGAUGUUCCCCUGGAAGGGUACUUAGUGACCCCAAUACAAAGAAUAUGCAAGUACCCUCUCCUCUUGAAGGAAUUACUGAAGCGGACUCCACGGAAACACGGUGACUAUGCAGCAUUGAUGGAAGCCCUCCAAGCCAUGAAAGCUGUCUGUUCCAACAUAAACGAGGCCAAGAGACAGAUGGAGAAGCUGGAAGCUUUAGAAGAGUGGCAGUCACACAUUGAAGGCUGGGAGGGAUCCAACAUUACCGACACCUGCACAGAGAUGCUGAUGUGGGGAGUCUUAAUGAAAAUUUCUUCUGGAAAUAUUCAAGAACGGGUGUUUUUUCUGUUUGAUAAUCUGUUGGUGUACUGCAAAAGAAAACACAGACGGCUGAAGAAUAGCAAGGCAUCCACAGAUGGACAUCGGUACAUUUUUCGAGGCCGGAUCAAUACUGAGGUGAUGGAAGUGGAAAAUGUGGAUGAUGGUACAGCGGAUUUUCACAGCAGUGGGCACAUUGUUAUGAAUGGGUGGAAGAUACAUAACACAGCAAAAAAUAAAUGGUUUGUGUGCAUGGCAAAAAGCGCUGAAGAAAAGCAUGAAUGGUUUGAAGCUAUUUUGAAAGAAAGAGAACGCCGGAAAGGCUUAAAAUUGGGCAUGGAGCAAGACACCUGGGUAAUGAUCUCUGAGCAGGGUGAGAAACUGUAUAAAAUGAUGUGCCAACAGGGAAAUCUGAUCAAAGACAGAAAAAGAAAACUGACUACAUUCCCCAAGUGCUUCCUUGGAAGUGAAUUUGUGUCAUGGUUGCUGGAAAUUGGGGAGAUUCACAGGCCUGAAGAAGGUGUUCACCUGGGACAAGCAUUGUUAGAAAAUGGGAUCAUCCACCACGUUACUGAUAAGCAUCAGUUCAAGCCAGAGCAGACGCUGUAUAGAUUCCGCUAUGACGACGGCACAUUUUACCCCAGGAGUGAGAUGCAGGAUGUGAUUUCAAAGGGCGUAAGGCUGUAUUGUCGUCUUCACAGUUUGUUUACCCCCGUGGUCAGAGAUAAAGAUUACCAUUUAAGGACCUACAAAUCUGUGGUCAUGGCUAACAAACUGAUAGACUGGUUAAUUGCACAGGGUGAUUGCCAUACCAGGGAAGAGGCAAUGAUAUUUGCUGUCGGACUCUGUGACAAUGGAUUUAUGCACCAUGUCCUUGAGAAAAGCGAAUUCAAAGAUGAGCCUCUACUUUUCCGCUUCUUUGCCGACGAGGAAAUGGAAGGAUCAAAUAUGAAACACAGGCUGAUGAAGCAUGACUUGAAAGUUGUGGAGAAUGUUAUCGCGAAGUCUCUGUUGAUUAAAUCCAAUGAAGGCAGCUAUGGCUUUGGGCUGGAAGACAAAAAUAAAGUUCCAAUCAUAAAGUCAGUGGAAAAGGGGUCAAAUGCUGAGAUGGCCGGCAUGGAAGUUGGGAAGAAGAUCUUUGCUAUUAAUGGUGACCUGGUUUUCCUGAGACCUUUCUCUGAAGUCGAUUGCUUUCUGAAAUCAUGCUUAAACAGCAAAAAGCCUCUGCGAGUCCUCAUGAGCACAAAGCCAAGGGAGACAGUUAAAAUCCCAGAUUCUGCAGAUGGGCUGGGUUUCCAGAUCAGAGGCUUUGGCCCUUCCGUGGUGCACGCGGUGGGAAGAGGUACUGUGGCCGCAGCGGCUGGCCUCCACCCAGGACAGUGUAUUAUCAAAGUUAACGGAAUCAAUGUCAGCAAAGAGACACACGCCAGUGUCAUCGCACACGUUACAGCCUGCCGGAAGUUCAGGCGGCCAAUGAAGCAAGAUUCCAUACAGUGGGUUUAUGAUAGUCUUGAAAGUGCUCAUGAAGACCUGCACAAGUCCCACUUGAAACCCUCUGGAGACGAGGCAGGGGAAGCUUUUGACUGCAAAGUAGAAGAGGUCAUUGACAAGUUCCACACCAUGGCCAUUAUUGAUGGCAAGAAGGAGCAUGUGAGUCUGACAGUGGACAAUGUCCACCUCGAGUAUGGGGUUGUCUACGAAUAUGAUAGCACAGCAGGCACCAAGUGUAACGUCAUAGAGAAGAUGGUGGAGCCCAAAGGCUUCUUCAGCCUCACUGCCAAGAUUCUGGAAGCCCUAGCAAAAAGUGAUGAUCAUUUUGUGCACAACUGCACCAGCCUUAAUUCUUUGAAUGAUGUGAUACCCACUGACCUUCAGAAUAAAUUCAGCACCAUGUGCAAUGAAAGAAUGGAACACGUAUGCCACAGAAUAUCCAGUUAUAGAAAGUUCUCUCGGGUGCUGAAGAACAGAGCCUGGCCCACCUUUAAGCAGGCCAAAUCCAAGAUCUCCCCAUUGCACAGCAGUGACUUCUGCCCGACCAACUGCCAUGUCAACGUGAUGGAAGUUUCUUAUCCUAAAACAUCAACUUCCCUGGGGAGUGCCUUCGGUGUUCAGCUGGAUAGUCGGAAACAUAACUCUCAUGAUAGAGAAAAUAAAUCUUCAGAGCCUGGGAAACUGAGCCCCAUGGUCUACAUUCAACACACAAUCACAACCAUGGCAGCUCCUUCGGGCCUGUCUCUGGGACACAAAGAUGGCCAUGGAUUGCGAUAUUUAUUGAAAGAAGAAGACUUAGAAACUCAAGACAUCUAUCAGAAACUGCUCGGCAAACUCCAGGCUGCACUGAAGGAGGUGGAGAUGAGCGUUUGUCAAAUAGACGACCUUCUGUCUUCAAUAACAUAUUCCCCUAAGUUGGAGCGUAAGACAACAGAGGGUGUGCUACCACCCGACAGCGACAAUGACAAGGGAGAGAGAAACAGCAAACGCGUCUGCUUCAACAUAACAGGGGAUGAACAAGAGGACUCAGGCCACGACACCGUCAGCAACAGAGACUCUUACAGUGACUGCAAUAGCAACAGGAAUUCGAUUGCCUCCUUCACGAGUAUCUGCAGCAGCCAGUGCAGCUCCUACUUCCACAGUGAUGAGAUGGACUCAGGUGAUGAACUUCCUAUCAGCAUCCGGAUAUCUCAUGAUAAACAGGACAAGAUCCACACUUGCCUGGAGCAGCUUUUCAGCCAGAUGGAUUCCAUAACCAACCUCUUGAAAGGGCAAGCUGUUGUGAGGGCCUUUGAGCAAACCAAGCAUCUCACACCAGGUCGAGGAUUACAAGAAUUCCAGCAGGAAAUGGAGGCAAAGCUGAGUUGCCCGAAAAGACUAAGACUUCACCUCAAACAGGACCCCUGGAAUCUGCCCAACAGUGUCCGGGUGCUUGCACAGAACAUCAGGAAGUUUGUUGAAGAGGUGAAGUGUCGGAUACUGCUGGCUCUCCUUGAAUACUCAGAUAGUGAAACCCAGCUCCGGAGAGACAUGGUUUUCUGCCAAAGUCUUGUGGCCACUGUCUGCGCCUUCUCUGAGCAGCUCAUGGCCGCCUUAAACCAGAUGUUUGACAACAGCAAGGAAAAUGAAAUGGAGACUUGGGAAGCCAGCAGAAGGUGGCUGGACCAGAUUGCAAAUGCAGGUGUCCUUUUCCACUUCCAGUCACUUCUGUCACCAAAUUUGAAAGAUGAACAAGCCAUGCUAGAGGAUACGCUGGUGGCGUUAUUUGAUUUGGAAAAAGUUUCCUUUUUCUUCAAACCAUCAGAAGAGGAGCCCCUGGUUGCAAAUGUCCCUCUUACGUACCAAGUGGAAGGAAGCCGCCAGGCCCUGAAAGUUUACUUCUACAUUGAUAGCUACCAUUUUGAGCAACUGCCUCAACGGUUGAAGAAUGGAGGAGGAUUUAAAAUUCACCCUGUUCUCUUUUCACAAGCCUUGGAGAGCAUGGAAGGAUAUUGCUAUAGAGACAAUGUUUCCGUGGAACAGUUUCAAGCCCAGAUAAACGCCGCCUCCCUGGAAAAGGUCAGACAGUACAAUCAGAAGCUCAGGGCAUUCUACGUGGACAAGUCAAAUUCACCGCCAAACGCCACAUCCAAAGCUGCCUAUGUCGAUAAGCUCAUGAGGCCCCUGAAUGCAUUAGACGAGCUCUACCGGCUGGUCACCUCGUUUAUCAGAUCCAAACGCAUCGCUGCCUGUGUGAACACGCCUUGCGGGGCCUCCGGAGUCGGUCUGCUGUCGGUGUCCUCGGAGCUGUGUGACAGGCUCGGUGCCUGUCACAUCAUCAUGUGCAGCAGUGGUGUGCACAGAUGCACGCUGAGUGUGACGCUGGAGCAGGCCAUCACUCUAGCCAGAAGCCACGGGCUGCCUCCUCGAUAUAUUAUGCAGGCUACUGAUGUGAUGAGAAAACAGGGUGCAAGAGUUCAGAACACAGCGAAGAACUUGGGGGUUAGAGACCGGACUCCUCAAUCAGCUCCAAGGCUGUAUAAGUUGUGUGAGCCACCACCCCCAGCAGGAGAAGAAUAAGCGUUCCCAAGAGCCAAGCAGGCAGAAGCUUCCAGAUGCUGACCAAGUCAAUGUUCUCCACUGAAGAGAAAGAGAUGCAUAUUUAAGAUAUAACCCCUCCCCCAUCCUGGUGUAAAUAACUGAUAUUUGGUUCCCUUUGGAUAUUUAUGUUGGAAUUAGCAGUUCAUUCAGACAAUCCAGCCUCACACUCUAUGUUCUGACGCUACAGAUUCGUAUGAGGGCAAAACUCACUGCUGGAACCUAGAGGGAAAUAUACAGUGAUAAAAGAUGAACUGUUUUCGUCCCUUUCUCAUUCAUUAAUUAUAUUGUAUUUGUUUUUAACUUCCACACUGGGCACAUGUAAUACUUAACAGUUCUUCCUGAAGAAGUCUGUCACUAAAAUGAUGGCCACACUCUGGAAGCCACCAUACAGAAAUGUUAUGGACAGUGUCGAUCGGGAGACACAGGUUUCUGUCUCCUGCCUGUACCGCACGGAAGUGCAUGUGUGGGAGGUAGGAAAUUACACACCUCCGCUUCUCCUAAGGCGUCUUGGUAGUGAAGGAAAAAAUGAAGAUUUCUUGACUUCUUCCCUGUUGUCAAGACUGCUUGCUCUCUGUGUAAACAUUCCAACAGGCAGGUGCUUCUGUAGAUCUCUGCAGUGAGCCCUGAAUACUGGCUGACUCUAUUGAUGGCUGUGGGCAGGGAGUUGCCAGGAUUGGGGAAGGGAGAGGAGUGAGUGAGGAAGAAAAAAAAAAUCUAUUUGGAAACUCAACCUUGAACUAAGACAAGUUUAAUUUUUGAAGUCUUCCUGUGAAAUGCCAGACACUUAAAUAAUAUACCAUCAGGAGUAUUUUUCUAUAAAGUUGUAUGAAUAAGAUGUGAAAAUAGGUUUAUUUGUUGUACUUUGAAGGGCCUUUAGCAAAGAACCUUGAUAAUUUAUGCAACUUAGGUAUAGACUGUAUUCAUUCUAAAGUAUAUGCAAUAAACAUUCUGUGUCGCUAUACUAAUAUUGUUUUUAUCACCAUGAGUAGAUUAAUAUUGGUUUUAAAUCUAUAAUUUUAAAGAUAAUUAAAAUAUCCUCGCUGUGAUUAUGAUAGAGUUGUGUUUUGCUUAAUGAUAAGGAUAAAUCGUGUCCUUAGGUGAUACUCUUGCUGUGCAAAUGUCAUGGGAUACACUACACAAGCUGAGAAGAUGGCAUGGAACCAUCUCCUAUGGGCUGUCUGUCACUAAUCCAAGGCCAUAUGCAGCACAGGACUGUGAAUGGAUGUAGGCUAAACAUAUGAAAUCCUUACCUUAACUACAGUUUUGGAAAACUGUUAUUCAGUUUUACUUUAUAAACUUUGUAAUGACUUUCAGACUCUCAUUAAAAGUUCUCUUUACUGCCAGUGAUAUAUUUAAUUAAAAAUGUAUUCCAAAGGCAUGGAAUAUAUGUGUUCUACUAGUUAAGGUGAAAAUGAAUGAACAGAGCACCUGAUAUUAUUUUUAAUAAAUCCACGUGUGACUAACAAUAGGGAAACCAACAUCAGCUGCUAAAGAAAGGCCAUAGUAUUUUGAAUUUAAUAAAGAUAGGACCUGCAUUUGCAUAUUUAUAUGACAUACUUGCAUAACUUUUAGGAAAUCAACCUUCUUGCUGCCAUCAGCACACAACGCCAAUGCUCUGGUAAUUCAGAUUGUCCUCUGCUGAAGGUCUGAAGAAUGAGAACUAGUUGACUCACAGACCCUUCCCAUUGCUUUACUGUUCUUUAUUCAUCAUCCCAGAAGGAAGCCUCCACAGGGCUCCACAGGGCUAGGAAGCAUGGUUAUAGCUCGUGGAGUAUAUUAUCAGCUUUGGGACAUUUAUAAGUUACUGCAUUAAGGACCCACUCUAUAUAACAGAAUGUGAUCAAUGUUAUUUCUCGAGUUCAACAUAUUAUCUUUGUACACAGCACUUCCUAACUUUAAAAUUUUGUUAGUGGUUCAUAGUAACAUCAAUCAGUCACUGUAAUUUUUUAAUGUUAUAGAAUUAGAGCCACUAUGAUUUAGUGUGUACUAAAUGGUGCCUCUGAUUGCCUAGCCCACAUUUAUUAUUUCAUCUUCACAUAGCCUUGUAGCAGUAAGGAAAGAUGACAUUGUUCUGUUGCCCACUUUCUAUAGCUAAGUUAAAGCAAAGAUUAACCCAGAACCAUGCACACCUUCACAUGGUGAAUAUGGUAGAGUCAGAGGUUAUCUGGGAAAUCUAUCUUCUUUAUGUAUCAUUCUGCUUUUCUUUAUUAAUGAGAGCCAUUAUAAUAUUGACAAUUAUUUUCUUAGUAAACUUAAUGAUGUGUAUCGUCAUUUAAUUAUACAAAUUAUCUUGCAAAAUCAAGUGAGAAUAUGCAAAAUGCCCUUAAUGUACGAGAACUAUAGGCUCUCCUUGGCAUUUCCCAUUCAUAAUUGGAGAGUCUACAUAUGUAUUGCAAGCCAGGAGUAGGACAUCAUAUAAAAGUUGACUAUAAUUCCAAAACUGAUAACAGUUAAAAAUCUUUGAUAGGUAAAUGAUAAUUUUUCAAUACCUUAAUAUAAUGUCUUCUUUUGACAUUGGAUUAUCAGAAGGCCUUGAGAUUAGGACACACUUGCUUUAAUGUUGCGCUCUCCUCUGUGACCAAUGUUUAUUGACAAAUUACUAAAAAGGUCUGCUUACUGUUCUUCCAAUUUCAGUAUGUGGACAUGGGCCAUUGUGUGCCCACCAAGAGAUUUCAUAUCUCACCAUGGGAACUGAAUUGUGUACUAUCUUAUAGGUUUCCAUCAUUGGUUUCUAGGAUUACAAAGUUGAAUUCUGUAAUAAUACAAAUAUUUUAGAACUAAAAUUAUAAUCUAUUUCUUACUCCAAGAGAAAGACAGACAGAGGAUGAGAAUUUCUGUUCCAGAUUUACUUGUCAGGUUGGUAGUACUAAGUUUCUAGUAGAUGUGCUCUCCUAUAAACCAGCACCUGAUCUGGAGACUCAAACUGCUUUUUUUCCAUUUAACACAUGUUUUUCUAGUGUCUUCAAUCCCCUGUGUAUCCAGUGGCCACUCUUCUUGCAGCAAGAGGUUCAAUUGAAAAAGAUGGGGUUGUGGCUAUGAAUGUGGUUGACCACUUGCUUCACACACAGGAAGCCACAUGUUAAGUUAUGUUGGCUCUCCUUUAAGGCCGAGGUGGCUCACUCCUGAAAUACUGGUACUCAGAGGAGACCGAUGCAGUAGGAUUUCCAGAUGUUCGUGGCCAGCCUGAGCUACAGAGGGAAUGUGAGGCCAGUCUUAACAGCAGUGUGAGAUACUGCUUACAAAGGACAAAGAUACCACAUAAGAACGGCACUGUUUCUGACUGUAGUGAUUGUAAGCUUGAGCGGUUCAAUUCAGAAUGACAUGGAAGUUGACCCUAUUCUACCUUUAACAGUGAAGAAAAUCAAUGAGAAACACAUCCGAGAGUAGGUAUUAGCUAACCUUAAGCAAACAAAAUCCUUGAGCUAGUGCCCUGUCAUGGGCACAUAGAUUUUAUAGGCAAUGUAUAUAUGUACUGUUUUGGAAGCUUUAGGUUGAUAGUAAAUUAUUCCAUGUAAUGAAAGCAAACACAUUUCUCUCUCCAACAGUCACGUCUUCUCACACGAGUCCACACGCUGUAGUCCUGUGGGAAAGAAUUCCACAUAGCUUAGCUGGUGCUGUCUAUUUAUAAAAUCAUUAUAUUGAAAUUUCAAAGGAAUAACCUUGCUUUAAGUCAUUUGUCCUUUAAAAACAUCUUAAACUAGUUCUAGACUCUUCACUCUAGUGGUAUUUAAACCGAACUACUAAAGUUUAGUAUUUGACUGAAUUGCUUCUGAAUUUGGGGAAACUUUAGUUUUUAAAGUUUUGUUUUUAUGUGAAUUUUCCUGCAAGUCUAUAGUUCUUCCUUAGCCAGCUACGAUCUCAUUGCCAUGCAUAUGCAUUAGUAUAGAUUUGUAUAUAUACAUUUAUUGACCAGUGUUCAGAAAUAACCUACUUGUCCUCUGUGUGAGGGCAGAAGAUUCCGAAAUGGUUUAAGGUGACCUAAGUAUCAGUUAAAUAAAGUAUACUAUACUUUUCUGUAGAAAAUCUGUACUCUGAAGAAGGGGACAUAUAAGAGGCGUCUUUACCAAAAAAUGGCCCCAGCACAAUAAUUUUACAAAUGGCCACCACUUUCCUAGGUGUUGCAAUUCUAUGCUGGUCAUAAUGGCCAAUGUUUGCUUUCAGAAUCUUUGGCUACUUUAAUGAUUUGCCAUUAUCAACAUUGUUAGCACUCAUGUUGCCCAGCACUACCUGGCAUCCAAGGAGGUAUACUGAAGGAGAGCCAGUCUGUGCAUACCUUGAGUGUGACCUAGUGGGAAGACUGCUUCACUUGGGACAGUUUCUUCUCUCACAGGGAUAGAUUCCUGAAGUAUACUAAGUCUGCCAUAUGAUAUACAGAUAUGUGUAUGCAUGGGUCCUUAUACAGCAUAUAUCAACUACUUUUUAUUUUGUGAUAAUUAACUAUAAACGUUAGAUUUGGGAGUUUUAUUUGUAUAGAAAUAUGAAACAGUUUAUGGGUGGCUAGUAUGAUGUCUGCUGUAGACACAAGUGCUGUCUAGGUUUUAGGUGUGCCUGUGGGAGCAUCUUGUUUGCUGUGUUAUUUUGCUAUUUAUGUGAGCCAUCUUUUCUUUUUCCCUUUUUGGUCAUAACUGUGACAAAUUGUCCGAGACAAUUAACUUACAAAGAGGAAUGGUUUAUUUUACUCCAAGAGUUGGCAGUUCUAGUCCACAGUCAGCUGAAGUCUGUGCAGUGAGUAGCACUUUAGUGAGUAGCAACUCAUGGCAGGAAAGGAUUGCAGAACAAAGCUCCUUUGCUCAUUAGCAAAAUCACAGAGAUGAGGAAGAGAUUUGAGCCCCAUGGCCCUUUAAAGGCAGGCCUCCUCAGACACAGGAACCUCACCAGGCUGGGAAUCCAGCCCUUAACACAGAUUGCUCUGGGAGACAAUGCCAGGGUCCCAACUGAAUCACUGUCCAGUCAAUCUUAAAUCUACUUACCUGUUUUACCAUUAAAAAAUAGUCUAAUGGACAUAAAUGAUAUUUAUUAAAAGUACUGGGAACACCAGAAAGAACAAGGAUUGGGGAGUUCAUUUUAGGCACACACAGUAAUUACUGUCAUCCACUCAUUGUCAUUCAACAGAUGUUCUGAAAAUUCACUUAAUAAGACCCAAUCAGAGUUGCAUUGGCUAUAAAUAGGAUAUAUAAUAUAUUUAACCAGUGUAUUGGAUAUAUUUAAUUAAAAAAUCUUCACAGGGUCCUUAUAUCUCUCUAUAUACAAUAGCCACUUGUAUCUUUUACUUAAAAUUUUAUUAUUCAUAAAAUAAAUCUAUUCUAAUGCCAUGUGUGUAUUGUAUAUUAUACAGGAAUACUAAGUUGUUGAAAUAUUUAGAAAGCAUACAUUUUGAAUUUAAAUCUCUAAUGCCUCAAGCAAAUUUUUUAGUUUCAGAGGUAAAUAUAUUUUUGUAACUGCAAGUAUAUGAGUAUACCAUAGCUUUUGCUUUAAAAUAUUUUUGUAAGCUUUCAUUUACAUAAUAUUCUUUUUUAAUAGUAAAAUAUAAAACUGGUUCUCUAAAAGUAACUGUUUUGACUAUGUCUAUAUUUAAUAUUAUGUAACAUUCAAAAUUCAAUGAUGUUUCAUUUAAAUGUAUUAUUAGCCAUUUUUUCCUUUGUAAAAGACCCAUGUAACAUAAUUUUAAUCAUUCCAUAUUUUGUGUAUGGUUAAAUUUGUUAAAAGCUCAUUUUGUAUUUUAUAUCAUUUAUUUUGUCCACA